UUGGACAGAAAGGACAGCAAUAGGAUUAGAGAAUCAGUAAAGAGGCUGAAUCCCUAACUCAUGCAGUUGAUCUUCUUGCAUGCUGAGAGACAAGCGCGGUAGCUCUUUUUUCAUGUUUAUUUCAACCUGAUAAUGAGUUUUAGAGGACAACAUUCAGUCUGAAUGGAGAUCUUGUGGAAUACUGUUGUUACUGCUUUUUAUUGACUUGAUCUGAACUUGGCACAAAACUUUUUUGUUCGUUUGUCUUCUAAGGAGCUGUCACAAUGGAGACUAUGAAGCCCAGAUUGAAAGUGCUGAAAAAGCGUCGCUCCAGUCUUUUUGCAACCAUAAAACGGGAAGUGAGUUUUUCGCAAAGCACUGAAGAACAGGAAUGUGAAUUCCCCUUUUCACAGGACAGCUCUGUGAAACCGUGGACAUCCAUGGACAACCUUGAUACUUCUGAUGACGUUUUGACUGAAAAUAAUAAUCAGACCAACGAGGCACGAAAACCAAGGCAAUCAAACAUUGUCAAUCUCAACGUGGGUGGAAAGGUGUUUCACAUCCCAAAGCAUUUAGUCCUCCAACACCCAAAAACCAGGAUUGGAGUCCUUGCCCUCUGUAAUGAUCCGGUCAAGCGUCUGACGCUCUGUGAUGAUUACAAUGUUCAGAACAACGAGUUCUUUUUUGACAGGGAUCCCAUGUUUUUCCACUACAUCUUCCACUUUUACUGCAGUAAGGUCCUGUGGGUGAUGGAUAGUCUCUGCUCUGUCAACUUUGAGGAGGAAAUGUCAUUCUGGGGCUUGAAACUGAAGGACACUCCAAGGUGCUGCCGCAUUCUGUUUGAGGAGAAAGUCGAUGACAUCAGAGACCAACUGAAGGUCAACCAGGAGCUGAUCGAUGAGAUUAGGCCUCACGAAGAUGAUGAAGGAUACAAGUCCAUGUUUCUUGGAGGUUUACGGAAGAUCCUCUGGGACUUGAUGGAGAAUCCUUACUCCUCACUGUCCGCCAAAGCUUUUGCUGUGUUUUCCAGUCUCUUUGUGCUUAUCUCUAUUGUUGCCAUGACAAUGAAUACAGUAAAGGAACUCAGGCAGUACAAACUUGCUGGCAGAACCUAUAUGGAGUGGGUAGAGAUUGCUUCCAUCCUUUUCUUCACCAUGGAGUACUUUUUACGGUUAUUAACAACAUCCAACAUCAAACAUUUUGUGAAGAGUGCCCUCAAUUUUGUUGAUGUGGUGGCUGUUAUGCCCUACUUCGUCCAGAUCCUUUUUGAGGCAUUUGUUAUGGAUUCAGAAGACGUCGGUGCAAAGGAAGAUUUGAAGACCAUGGCGAGGGUCAGUAAAGUCAGCAAGGUGCUCAAGGUCGUCAAGCUGAUGCGCAUCUUCCGUAUCUUGAAGCUUGCCCGUCACUCCACAGGCAUGAGGGCGUUUGGUUUCACCAUCCGACAGUGCUCUGAGCAGGUGUGCUGUCUGUUUCUGUUCAUUGCCAUGGGCAUCUUCACCUUCUCUGCUCUGAUGCACUCUGUGGAGGUGGAUCAGCCAGGGACACCAUUCAGCAGUAUACCAGAUGCCUGGUGGUGGGCUGCGGUGAGCAUAUCUACUGUUGGCUAUGGCGAUGUCGUCCCUAUCUCCUAUCUUGGCCGUUGUGUGGCAUUUGGCUGCAUCUCUUUUGGCAUCAUCCUCAAUGGCAUGCCCAUCUCCAUUCUGUUCAACAAGUUUUCCGACUACUACGCCAAACUGAAGGAACAGGAAUACAGAGUUUCAAACACAGAGCGCACCUUCCAGCUCAAGAAACGUCUGAGGCGCAAAUUUGACAGCUGCUUCUCACCCCAGCCAGAUGACUUUGAAGAUGAGAUACACUAUCGGCCCAGCGUGAGGCAAACUAUCCGUGAGAGCGAGGAUUGAGCAAAGCUGCCAACUUGUGACCUCGCUAACCCUAAAUGGCCUUAUCACCCAUGGGUCGAGAAACUGUAGGACCCCAUCUGCCUCCAAUUCUGAGCCUAUGUGAUUUAAGAUAAACAAUCUAUGGAGGGAAAAUGGAGGCAGCAGCAAGUUGAGAUAAGCUUUAAGCCUCAGCUUUACAGUAGGUGAUGUUUGCAUGCUACGGCUGAUGACUCUUCAGUCAAAUGGACAAGAUGCUCCCACAGCUCGUUAUCUGUUUCUAUUAAUAGCACCCGGCUGCAGGUAAUUCUGAUUAAACUGAAAUAGAAGUUUGACACAAGGAGGUCAAGUAGUAACAUUAUAAAUUAAACAAUGUUACACUCUAAUCACUUUAAAGGGAGCUUGAUGCAUGUGAGGAACUGUUUCCUGCUAGUGCUAUUAAUAAACUGUUUAACUUUACAUUCUUGAUAAUCCGCACAAAAGAGAGUAUAACUUCCAUUUCAGUCGUGUUUUUGGCUGUGGUCAUUGUCUUCCACUUUUUUAGGGUAAGGUAAUACAACUGUACAAUAAGCAAUGAAAACUUCUUGGAUUUAUGUGCAACAUCAUCAAUUCAGAGCCCCUCCGUGUGCCAUGCUUCAAGUGUCAGGAAAGUGGUAUUCUUGUCCGAAAGCACACUCUAGUCACUCGACAUGCUCUUGACUGUACCUAAGUGGGAGGAGAGACACAGCGCAUGGUGUGUUAGUAGCGAUCAAGAGCAUGAGUGUAAUUUUGUUGUCAAGGAUUAUCGGGAUUUGUGCUUGCGCCUCCUGCUUGGUCAGACAAGGGCAAAGUCAAUCAUGAUCUGUGCUAUUUUGGUGGCACAGAGGAUCUAAUCAGGUGCACACAAUCAGGUCCUACUUACUUUCUUACAAACUAUUUUCAUGGGUGAUAUAUGAACAAUUUUAUUCUCAUAUACUGUAGACCUGUACCUCAAAUAGUUACACUGAGACACACCAUUUUUCAUUCUCACUAGUUACACAUCCAACAUUUCAGUAUUUGGUCCCCGCAGGGAGUGAGAAUUGACCUCCAUGUUCUUGGCCUGUAGAUGUCAGGAUAAAGCAUGGCCCAGGCCUGUAGUCAAACUGCCCUUGCACUGUGUUGUUGGCUGUGUUAAGCUCUUCGGAUAAGAUCAUUAAACCAAUUCCUGUUCUGGGCAACAGCUCUCUAAAGACCAGAGAGUUAUUGUAAGCAAACGUAUUAUCUCCUCCCAAACAAAUCUAAGGUAGGAGUAUUGGCUACUCACUAUAGGCAAUGAAUAAGGCAACUCUUUUCUCAGAUCUGCCCAGGACUGUUCAGUGCACAGGUUUUAAACAAAAAGGAGGGAUUUUAAAGGAAAGGAAAAUUAGAUAUUGAAUUGGUUGUAAUCAAUGCCAGCCCUCACACCCUCUGUCCAAUUGUAAUGAUAAUGUGUUGUGCUUCUGGUCAUGACAAACCUCUGUUAAAAAAACACAUAUCUCUACAAUGUAUUAGACUUGAUGUUAUCUGUCUCUCUCUCUCUCUCUCUAUAUAUAUAUAUAUGUAUAUAUUGGGGGUCUUUUUGCCUUUAUUGGCUAGGAGAGCGGAAGAUUGACAGGAAAGAGAGAGUGGAUGACACACAGCAAAGGGCCACGGGUCGAACUCGAACCCAUGGUCGUUGCAGCAAGGACUGGUACAUUGGGGGCCAGCUCUACCAGGUGAGCUACCAGGGUGCCCCUUACUGACUUCACCUAUGAAACAUAAUCAGUGACAGUAUUGUAUGUUAUAUUGUAUGUGAUCAGGGGAGAAUCGCUGGUAUAACAUUAUUAACGCUUCCUUCUUAAUACUUGUUGAAGAAUAAGAAUUUGCUCAAUAGUGACAUUAAUUGAUACAUUUUAUUGUUUUAUCUGUUUACAUUUAAUUGAUUGAGUCACUGGGUAAAAUAUUUUUAGCAAUUUUACAGCUCUUUUGCAUGGAUGUGUGUAACUGUAUGAAUGUGAUUGCAUUGGUAAAAGAAAGUGCACACAAAAAGUUACAAAGAUGGACACUUUAUGAUAUAUAUUUAAUUUGACAGGCAUUUCUAGUUGUUGAAUAUUAUUGUAUUCCUCUUUCCAGAGAUGAAAGUAUAUCUAUUACUCAAUGACUGUAAAAGAGAUUUGCCAUGUACAAAUACUGUAAAAUGUGUAUUUAUUUUUCUUUCUUGUGCAUAAAAACAAAACAAACCUGUAAAAUAAACAAAUGCAACACAGGUUGGAAAUCAUGUAAAACACUGAUUUUAAUUAAACAUUAAAAUAUAUACUUGAUCUUAA